GCCUCCGGGCGCUUUUCAUGCCAUGUCUGCGGCCAGGCGUUCCAGCGCAAGAACGGCCUCUCGCGGCAUAUGCGCUCGCACACGGGCGAGAAGCCGUUCGCAUGCACGUUCUGCAAGUUCAAAUCCACUCGCACCGAUUCGCUGCAGAGGCAUAUG